CGUUGCAUUGAUUUGCAGGGGUGCACUGCUACAGUAUGCUACACGGAAGCAGCGGAAAGAAUAGCAACGUUCAUCAGAACAGCUUGGAUGACAGCAGUACACAAUCUGGUCCGUACUUCGAUAUAUCGAAUUCGAAGAACGUGACCACCAUACUGGGCAAAACUACGUACUUGAAUUGCCGCGUGAAGAACUUGGGAAACAAAACGAUGACGUUGCAGGUUUCCUGGGUCCGGCACAGAGACGUUCAUCUGCUCACUAUCGGUCGUUACACGUACACGAACGACCAGCGAUUCAGGCCGAUUCACAAUGCACAGACAGACGAUUGGACGCUCGAAAUCAAGUAUCCGCAACUGCGGGAUAGCGGUUAUUACGAAUGCCAGGUCUCAACGACGCCGCACAUGAGUCACAUCGUAUACUUGGACGUGAUCGUACCAAAAACUGAAAUCCUGGGUGCACCAGACCUAUACAUCAAUCGAGGUAGCACGAUCAAUCUGACGUGUGUGGUUCUCCUAAGUCCAGAGCCGCCAGCCUACAUAUUUUGGAAUCAUAACAAUGCCAUAAUCACCUACGACCCGACCAGAGGCGGCGUAUCCGUGGUCACGGAAAAGGGUGACAUCACCAAGAGUUUUCUACUGGUGCAGGAAGCAAAGCCAUCGGACUCUGGCCGGUACACCUGUAAUCCCAGCAACGCUCAAUCAAAAUCGAUCACCGUUCACGUACUCAAUGGAGAGUAUCCCGCGGCAAUGCAGCACGGCGGUCAAGCCAAGCAACCGAGGCUCUACUCCCUUCUGCUCUGUCUGUGUCUGCUGCUUUACUAACCGUUUUAUUCCGGAAACGCUAUUCCCCUUCUUUCUUCGCGUGGACGAACGGUAAACGAAAGACUUCCGCCGUGAGAUCCAACGAUCAGGGGUCGAUCGCUGCCCCAUCGAGGAAAGUACGCGCGUUCGUGCAACCGGAAAUCACACGGUGCGGUGGUGCAGUGAUCCAGCGAACACCUAACCACGACGCCGGUACGUCGAUGAAAUAGUGUAUGCGAACGUUUGCGUCACGUCGACAGUCAAUACGCGACCUCGUCGACGCUGUUAAAAGUUUCAAAGUUCGAGACGAACUGAUGCGAGAAUUACGUGACAGCCCUGUGAAAGCGCGAGAGUUGGCCCGAAACGUAACGUGGCGUCGCGGGUUCCAUAUGCGUGCGAUUGAAACGAACUACGACGUCGAGAGCGAUGAUGCGGCAACGUUUCGACGACGCAACCAAGUGACUGAUCGUAAUCAGAGAACGAACACGCACUACGCUACGUAAUAGCUCUUGACACGAGAAUAACGUUGUCUUGACAGUGGGUCGCGGAAUGAAAAAGCUCGAAGCAGCCGUAAAACGGAGCAGCGAACUGAAACGGUGAAAGACAAAGAAUCAGCGGUCGAGAGGAAGACACAGAACGGAACAAGCAUCGGGACAAGAGUGAAUCGGAGUAUCAAAGAUCGUCUUUCCUUGCGUUUGAAAAGUGCGUAGAUACGAAAAGGGGAAGAUAGAAGGUAGACGAGUGAAAAAGAGAAAGUACAAAAAGAGAAAGCUAUGUGAGUCAUAGACCGACGGAUUCGUUUUCGUACGUCGUCGGAUCGAAAAGGGUGAAUCGUUGCCACGCAACCGUAAUUUUAAUCGCAUCCAGGGUAUCGCGAUGCUGUACACUAAUAUCGAUAUCUGUUAGGCAGAAGGACGAUCGAAAUGGUUAAGAUCGAAAAGCUAAUGGCCAAGUUCGAUCCGCCUAUAAUCGCGUCCAAACUCGCGGCCUCCACGCUGAAAUCGCUCAGCACCACUUAGUUCCGGAACUGAAGCCCUCGUUACGUCGAUAUUUAUACGCGAUACGCUUUCGAUGGAAACAAUGAGUUGGUGAUCUCUCGUGCGACGAAUGAAACUAAAAAAAAAUAAAAUUACAAAAAAAGAAAAAGAGGAUCUCUCUCGAUAAGAAUUCUAGUCAUGUAAGAAUCAACUUCUCGAACUCACACGUUUUUUCUAACGGAUUCAUCUACUCUACUUUUCAUUCGUUUCACCAACAUCACGUUCUAUUCAGUCGUUUCUCUUACGUGUCAUCUAUUUACGUCGUCUCUUUCUCGCUCGGUUGCUUUCAACGCCAACCGGUCACAUGUAAGGCGGUCUAAUUUACGGGACACGAGCAUGAUCGCGAUCCACGUGUUACGUGGAACGGAAGUCAGUAUACGAUUAAGCGUAACGAAUGAAUUUCACAGGCUGACGCACGCUGGCGAAACUCGACUGCGACCGAGCAAUUAAUUUACCGUUAUCACGACUCGAUCAUAAUAAGUUUAUUUACUUCGGCGACCGAUACACACACACAUACACCACCACGAGCAAAUUUCCACCGUAUGGCAAAACUGACGUUUCACGCAAAUCGAUUAAUGCGGACGGUGUACUGACACACCACAAAAUAAAACGCCUGUUAAAACGCCGAACCGAAUGUGUCGUUGGCUUAUUGCAUGAAAAAAUACCCGCCAAGUUCCCAAAAAAUAAAUUAACAGUAGGAUGCAUCGAUGUAUUGUUCGAUGGUUAUGAAAAAUUUAUUUUAUGCUAUUAAUGGACUCAUUUUUAUCUUCUUUUUGGUAUCGUCAUAUUUAUAUAAAUACACGCAGAUGUAAUUAUUUUAUCUCUCUGUAAUACGGCAUUAAAUACUUUGAAAUGUUAUCUCGUUAACCCACUGCACCGUCGAUACGAUGGGUAAAUAUUUUAAUAGCUAAUCCUGGGAGAAGAUGUUUUAUUUGAUAAAUUGAUCAAUCUGAUCGAAACGUUGUAAUUUAUACCGUAAUAAUCUCACCAGAACGAAAUUGAAGUAUCAUGCAGAAUAUCCAAUAUAAUGCAGAAUAUUCAUGCAAUUUUAACGAGAGUAUAAAUUUUAUUUUUUUUCACGAGCGUGAAACGUAGAUCAAUAUCGCGUCUUUUUUUUCAUACCCAAGCUGUAUGAUAGUUUCCGAACAAUUUAUUUCAAAACUCAAUUGCAACGUGCGUCUUUUCUCGUACGGUAAUGCUCGAAACUGCGAACUCGCAUUUUCAUUGUUCCUGGUUUUAAAAAAAUCGUCGACGGUUGUGUCGAGAAAGUCGAUUCGAGGAAUCGAUCGCAUAGAGCAGAGCAAAAGAAAAAAGAAGAGAAGCGAACGGGGCCAAGGAGUAAUAGACCGAAGCAAAAUGGAACGGAUGGAACACUCGAUAGAAGGUAUAAGACGCGUUAAAAAAACUGCUAUGAACGUAUUUGUCUAAUCGAUUGGCAGAACGUGAACGAAUAGGAUGCACGCGGUAGAAUUAACUUUCCUAAUUUGCUCCCUUCACGAGCUGGCUAUUCAUCAUCGCCGAGCAAAAGUUCAACUUCGAAAUGGAAUUUGGUAUAAUAGCAUCCGUCAUAAUCCGUGUCACUCACGGGAUAACAACGUUGUUCCUCGUAGCAAAUAAAAAUUUAUUUAAAUCCAUUCACCUAGGAUUUAGCCUGAGAAAAAGUUAGGUCAAACGAACAUUUAUUCAUGGAUUGUUAUAAAACUUUUAAAAGCAUGUAAUUUUAGAGACAACAACGUUACCAAGAGCUUUUCAAAUAUUUAUGUAACAAACGUUUUUAAUCGUUAAUUCCAAGUUCCUGGUUUUUCGAAUUUCAUUCUACAAAUGAAAUUGUCUUCGAAUGCUUUCCAAUUACCAAAAUAAUCCUCUUCGGUUUCUGAAAUGCACGACGGAUUAAUUAGAGCAAACGGUUGGUGGUCUUCUCUGUGUAAAUGCGGACACACAUAAAAGAUGAUUUUAUGCAUUCUCGAUUCGAUUUGAUCUUUAAAACUCCGGAACAUUCAUAUUCGACGAUGCGUUCAAUCCCUCCACUGCCAACAACGAUGAACGAUAUUCGAACAAAAUGCAAUAAAAAUAAAUACGAUAUAACUAUCGUAGUAAUCGUGCAUCGAUAUCAGUAUUUCUCGAAAGAUUGCAUUACUCUAUCCACAUAUCAAUCAUACGAGCGAUACUAACGUCGCGAACGUUUCAGAAAUAAUAUCGCGAAUGUUUGAGAAAUUGAAUUUUUUUCCACGUCGAUUCGAUAAUUUUAAUCUUCCAUCGUUCUUUGGACGAGAAAGUGCACACGCGGAUUGAAAUCUGACUGAAUUGCAGAACAAUCGUCAAUUGCAAAUAUGUAUACAACAAUUACGUAUGAAAUCCGAGCCGAUAAUAAAUCUCGAAUGCUUUUAUACUCGACACGAUUUUAUAUAUUGACCUUUUAGGUGGGAUCUUUUCUCCCGCAAUAAUGGAAACGAACGAUCAGCCGUCGAUACGAAAGAAAUGCAAAAUAAAUUGGAAAUGCCGUUUCUUAAGUACGUCCGUAGCCAAUCGUUUGUAACGCAAUUGGAGAAUAAUAAAUUCGAUGCAAAAUAUCUUCUUAAGCGAAUAAAUUAAAUUUAAUGGCGGUUUAAUGGGUGAAACAGGCUCGAUAAAAACGAUCGGUUCUUUCUGUCGUUGAAGCUCAUAUAAAACAGGGAAACGUCAACUAAUCGGUUUUAUAUCAAAGUUUAUCCUACGGAAGCACAAAUUAUCCGUUCCUCUACAAUUUCAUAAUAUAUUUGUUAUAUUAUAAUUAUUCUAUUAUACUACCAACAGGUAACGCUGUGAUAAUUUAUUUUAUUUGUAAUACACAAAACGAUUCGUUAUCCUGUUGUUUAUAUAAUUUCAUAGAUCCAUUAGCUGUUUCUAAGAAAUUUCUACCUGUGAAUCUAACAAAUUAUUCGGUACGAGGAAAUUAAACGAAAAUGGACUUACGCUCUUCUCGAGAUUGUAUGUUCUUGCUCUUCAUAUGCAAUCAAAUUAUGGGAAUAAGUAUAAAAACGAAGAAGAAAGAGCGAGAAAAACUAUGAAUAACGAAUGAACAGGAACCGUGGCGAAUAUUUUAAUCCGAGGACCUAGCCAACGAAACGAAGGUCGAGUAAUAUCUACUGGUGAACAAACGUGAUUAAAAAACUUUGCCUGGGUCAUAAUGCAGCAGGUUGAUUACAUGUAAGAACGUUUCCCUGCUGACUACGUGAAUAUAAUCGCAUCUCCAUAACGUCCACGAUAUCACGUGAACCUCGCGAGAAAUAAUGAUUGCUGGUUCGAGCUUGAUUUUGGCUUGUUCUUACCUCUUCCGUUUCAUAGUGUGCUGUUGGAUCGCGCGCGAUUGCGGUAAAUUUUUUUUCCUACCUGAAAAUCGGACGAUUUCUCCACAAAAGGGGGAAGGAACGGAAAAAAGAGUCGAGGGAAAAGAGAACGUGAAACGGGUGAAAAAUAAAGGUUGAAGGAAGGGAACGAGAGAGAGACAGACAGAUAGACAGA